AUGGGAACCUACGUCAUCAAUCAUCAGCAGCAUUGUGGCACCAGUCGCAGUCUGACAGACAUCUUCGUCAUGCUACGCAACAACGCCAUCCAAAAUCGGCAUGUUUUUGACGUCGACGAACCGACCGCUGUUGCCGAGGACCGGUUGACCCUGAUUCCCCUUAGCUCUGCAGCUGACCACGACCACGACACUACUCUCUCUACGACCGGUGACCAUUUAAUUCCUGAAUGGGUGCAUUUCGUUGACGAAGUUCAGUACGUGCCUUCUUUGUUCACACUCGGAUUUAUACUUUACCGUAGUGGGUAACU